AAACUAUCGUCGCUGCCGAAGGGUCUGGGCGACGCGGCGAUGAUGACCACGCUGUGGUGCUACGGUAACCCCGACCUGCGAUCGCUUCCGAUGUCCCUCGCCAAGAACGUGUCGCUGCGGAGCGUGUGGUGCGAGGGGUGCGACGCGCUCGAGGGCGACGAGGUCAGGGCGCUGGUCGAGGCGCUCCCGACGCGGAAAGGGGGCGUGGGCGCGACGAUCGGGCUCGACCUCGCGCAGUGCACCCGUGCGGGGUUGAAGAUCAGGCCGGCGACUGCGCUCGACGCCAACGCCCCAGGCGGGCUUGCGUGCGAUCACCCCCACGUGGCCGUCUCGGAAAUUCCGGGGGCGGAUACUUCACCGGAUUCGCCGGAUACCCCGCCCGGAAGAUACUCGCGCGGAUACUUCAAGCACGUGCGGUGGACCGAGGACGCGCACGCGCCGGUCCUCAUCGUCGCGUUCGGCAGCGCCCCGGGCGUCCCCAACUGGGGCGGCUUGCUCCGAAAGCUGAGGAAAGAUUUGCUGGCGCGGGGCGCCGCGUGCGCGGGGGGAGCCGGCGCGGACGCCGCCGCCGCCGUGGAAGCCGCCGCCGUCGGCUUCGACGUCCUCUACGUCGCGGACGUGACCAGGUCGUGGUACCACGGCGAAGGAGUCGGCGGGGGGAACGAAGGAAACGACGAGGCGGAGCGCACGUGGCGCGAGGGGAUUGGACGCGUCGCCGGGCGGUACGAGCGGGUGUUAAAUUUGGGCGACUCGAUGGGCGCGAGCGCCGCGCUCCUCUUCGCCGACGUCGCCGAUCACGCGAUGGCGUUUUGUCCGCAGGUUGACCUCGUGUCCGCGUCGAUACGACCCGGACGUAGCGCGCGGUGGAUGCGGCAUUUUCGGGAGAGGCUCGUCUCCGCGGUGGACAGGGCGGUGAGCGGGUCGAGGCGGUCGCGAGUCGAGAUUCACUCCGGGACGUGGGAGCACGACUUGGCGCAGGCGGAUUUCGUGCCGGACGCCGUCGGGCGGGACAGGAUCGACGCCGAGGGUCUCGCGUUGAACGUGGUGUUGCACCCGGUGGAUAACCACAGGCUCGCGCUUGCGCUGGAGGAGGGCGACGAGCUGCUGCCGAUGGUGAGGAAGGCGUACCACGAGCAGCUCGCGGCGGCGAGGGCGGGGGGCGGCGGGGGGGGCGACGCGACGAGGGCUCCACUGUCCGGGGCGAACGAGGCGAAGGGCGCGGACGCCAUCAGCCUCAAGUCAUUCAAACCCGGCGUUCGACUCCCCAACUGACGAGGGCGAAAGCGGACCACUAGCCAGCCACGCGUGGACUGAAUAAAUCGACCAAUCUCACCCU